UUAUUAACAUUCUUGGGCACAUCGAAAAUAAACCUACAAAACCUAAAAUUUAUAGUAUUUUUUUACCCCCCUUUUCAUUUUAUUUCCACAACCACGAUAAACAACUGCACACACAUUUGGAGUAGAGACACAAUAGUGAGGUGAAAAUGGUCGGCAACAAGUCAAAGAAGUUGAAAGUUGAAGAAAAUUUCAAGCAUAAUAUUAACGAAGAACUCGUCCUUUCCUUUGAGAAAUUUCAAGAAGUACAAGAUAAGCUUGAAAAGAUCAAUGAAAAGCAAUGUGUUAAGUUUCUCAAAAUUGCACAAAAGUACAAUGAGAAAAGGAAGCCAGUUUAUGAUAUGCGAAAUGAGAUCACCAAAUUAAUUCCUUAUUUCUGGUUGACUGCUUUUAUGAGUCAUCCUGUCCUCUAUGACAUUUUGAACUAUGAGGAUCGAAAGAUGUUUAAGUAUAUGCACUCUCUUGAGGUUGAAGAUAACAAAGAUGUCAACUCAGACUACAAAAUAAACUUUAAUUUCAAUCCUAAUCCAUAUUUUGAGAAUACAAAGCUUACAAAGGCUUUUACCAUCCUUGAAGAUGGAACAAAAAAGAUAACUGCUAGCCCCAUAAAAUGGAAAGAGGGCAAGGGAAUACGCAGUGGAGUCGAUCAUGACAAGAAAAGGAACAAGCGGUUUGAUUCCAGUUUCUUUCGUUGGUUUAGUGAUUGUAAGCAGAAAGAUGAUAUGCAUGACAUUCAUGAUGAGGUUGCUGAAUUAAUAAAGAACGAGUUAUGGCCAAAUCCACUUUCGUCUUUCAACAAUGAGGAUGAUGAAGAGGAUGUUGAUGAUGAGGAAAAUGAUGAGGAUGACAUUGAAGAUGAAGAGGAGGAAAACAAAGACGAGAAUGAGGAUAAAGAUGAAGAUGGUGAUGAAGAAAUGGAAAAAGAAAAAGAAAAAAAGAAAGGGGAAAAAAAUAACAAUAUCAAUUGAAGAAUGUAUUAUGGUGGUGUUUACUAUUUAUUUAUUAUUUUCCUGACUUUGAGUUGCACUUAAAAUAUAUAGAAGUACUAGUUUAUCAAAUACAAUAUUGUAUAAUGUUUGUUGUUUGAGUUAUCAAAUUUUA